AUGGACAGCCUUUCCAAUCUUGAAAGCCAGUCUGGCCCUUAUAAUGCCGCCAAUACAAACCACGGUGCAAACCCUAGCCAUAUCACCUCUUCUGGGAUCAGAGACAGAGCUUACGCUAUAGUAAAGAAAAGUCUCGGUGGCUUAUUCAACAGUAGCACCGAAGACUCUCAGUCUGAUAUACCACGCUAUAUCAAUAAGAGCAGUGAGUUAAUUGAUGACAUGUCUACAAAUUAUAUGCUCAUUAAACGGCCUUCCUAUCUAGUUACGAGCUAUUCACAAGGAUGCCCGCGACUUGCCGCAAUAGUUGCUUCGAAUAGAGACUACUUGAUCAUCCGCCAAUUCGGGUACUUGCAUGCGAGGGUGCUACUAGAUCUUCAGGACAAGCUACAAGGGUAUGAAGAGGAUCUUGAGAAGUGUGACGGAGAGAGCCAUGGUGAAGGUGCCAACAAUAUGUCAUCGGUCCGGAAGACAGACCUGCUCAGAAAUAUUGAAGAGACACUGAGGAGAUAUAAGAUAAUGCUGGAUUAUGCUUCCUCUCCUCAUCUCCAGCAAGAUCCCUCCGAGACAGACAUAAAAAACUUAGGGGCCCUUUCUGAAGUACAUGCCCCAUUCGCCAACGAGAAAAAGAAGUAUUACCUGUACAAGGAGGAUCUCAUAUCGCUGAACUCACAGGAAGACACGGCACGAGUGGAUGGGCUCCUUACAAAGCUCAUAUUUUACAAACCUAAUAAGCUGAUCAAGAAAAUUUUCAAACACGAAGAGAGCACCCACCAGAACGACCCAUUAUUCCUUAGUACAGGAAAAUUUAACACUACUAUAGAAAUCAUUCUGGUCUUUACACUUAUUAUGGUUCUCAUACGAAACUCGUUAAAAAUGCCUGGAAACCGGAAACCGAAAGCGGUACAUGAUGGUAAUGCUCCUCCAACAACCGAUCGCCACUCUUCUCCAAAUCCACCAUAUCUGGGAGGCGAGGAGCAUAUCAAACUUUCCAACGUUAUAAGGCACGCUACCCUUUACGUGAAAGCUAGGAUGGCGUACGAUGAAAGGGAUGGGUCUUUCCAUUGGCAAAUCAAGUUACCAAACGAAGAGAAUUACCGCAGAUUUGAGUUGGAACACGUGGCUUGCCUCUCGAUGUACGAAGACGCUUAG